AUGAGCGGACUCUCCCCUGGGCCGGGGCAUCUGCUGGACGUGCUGCUGGUGCUGGUGUGCUGGGCAGGGUCCUUGGCAAGCGGAACCUCAGCCCAGGUUGACAUCCCAGCCUUGCACGUAGAAAAGCAGACCAACGUCUCGGUCACCCUGACCUGGGAGCCCCCUAAUGAGAGCUCUCCCCGCUAUAUCGUCACCUGGGCUAAGGAGGGCCAGCUCCUCGGGACAAAUGGCACGACAGCUACUCAGUACACGGUGGAGAACCUCCAACCUGGAACCCUCUAUGAGUUCACAGUCGAAGUGGAGGGAAACAGCUCUGGAAAGAGCCUUAAUGCAGCCACGGUGCCCAAUGAGGUCGAAGCCCUGAGCAUGAAAGCCCGGAGUAACAGCUCAGUCACCCUGCAGUGGGCGGUCCCUAAGGGCCCCCAGUACUCAGACUACACCUACUGGAUCAGCUGGAGCAAGAAGAAUGUCCUUGUUGGGGAAGCCAAUACAACGAAGACGGAGCAUGUGGUGGAAGGCCUGGAUGCUGCCACUGAGUACACUUUCAGAGUGAAGGCUGAGAGGAAUAACAUCAGCAUCUCCGGCCUGAGCGCCCGGUGGCCACAGGUCCUAAAGGCCCCAGUGCUCGAACUACACCUACUGGAUCAGCUAGACAGGAGACUGUCCUUGUUGGGGAAGCCAGUACAACAGACGGAGCAUGUGGUGGAGGCCUGGGCUGCCACUGAGGCUGUUUCUGACGUGCCCAAUGAGGUCGAAGACCUGAGCAUGAAAGCCCCCAGUAACAGCUCAGUCACCCUGCAGUGGGGGGUCCCUAAGGGCCCCCAGUACUCAGACUACACCUACUGGAUCAGCUGGAGCAAGGAGAAUGUCCUUGUUGGGGAAGCCAGUACAACGAAGACGGAGCAUGUGGUGGAAGGCCUGGAAGCUGCCACUGAGUACAAUUUCACAGUGAAGGCUGAGAGGAAUAACGUCAGCAGCUCCGGCCUGAGCCGCCCGGUGGCCACAGUGCCCAAUGAGGUCGAAGACCUGAGCAUGAAAGCCCGGAGUAACAGCUCAGUCACCCUGCAGUGGGGGGUCCCUAAGGGCCCCCACUCAGACUACACCUACUGGAUCAGCUGGAGCAAGGAGAAUGUCCUUGUUGGGGAAGCCAGUACAAUGAAGACGGAGCAUGUGGUGGAAGGCCUGGAAGCUGCCACUGAGUACACUUUCAUAGUGAAGGCUGAGAGGAAUAAUGUCAGCAGCUCUAGCCAGAGCCUCCUGGUGGCCACAGUGCCCAAUGAGGUCGAAGCCCUGAGGAUGAAAGCCCAGAGUAACAGCUCAGUCACCCUGCAGUGGGAGGUCCCUAAGGGCCCCCAGUACUCAGACUACACCUACUGGAUCAGCUGGAGCAAGGAGAAUGUCCUUGUGGGGGAAACCAAUACAACAAAGACGGAGCAUGUGGUUGAAGGCCUCGAUGCUGCCACUGAGUACAAUUUCACAGUGAAGCCUGAGAGGAAUAAUGUCAACAGCUCCGGCCUGAGCUUCCUGGUGGCCACAGUGCCCAAUGAGGUCGAAGCCCUGAGGAUGAAAGCCCGGAGUAACAGCUCAGUCACCCUGCAGUGGGGGGUCCCUAAGGGCCCCCAGUACUCAGACUACACCUACUGGAUCAGCUGGAGCAAGAAGAAUGGCCUUGUUGGGGAAGCCAAUACAACGAAGACGGAGCAUGUGGUGGAAGGCCUGGAUGCUGCCACUGAGUACACUUUCAGAGUGAAGGCUGAGAGGAAUAACAUCAGCAUCUCCGGCCUGAGCCGCCCGGUGGCCACAGUGCCCAAUGAGGUCGAAGACCUGAGCAUGAAAGCCCGGAGUAACAGCUCAGUCACCCUGCAGUGGGCGGUCCCUAAGGGCCCCCAGUACUCAGACUACACCUACUGGAUCAGCUGGAGCAAGGAGAAUGUCCUUGUUGGGAAGCCAGUAGCAGACCCGGGCAUGUGGUGGAGGAGCCUGGAUGCUGCCACUGAACUUCUGGGUAAUCUUCUCUCCCAGGUCAAAUGUGAACACUAUUGGCCCCUGGAUGCCCAAACUUGCAACCACGGGCGCCUCCAGGUCACCCUGAAAGGGGAAGACGUGGCCGAACACUGGACCAUUCGCGACUUGCAGCUGUUUCAUAUGGACCUGAAAGAAAGCCUGUCUGUGCGCCAAUUCCACUUCACAGCCUGGCCAGACCACGGCGUCCCUCGGUCCCCGGACCCGCUGCUGGCUUUCCAGGCACUCCUGCGCCAGUGGCUGGAGCAGAGCCCGGAGGGAGGGCCUCCCAUCGUGCACUGCAGCGCUGGCGUGGGGCGCACGGGGACCCUCAUCGCCCUGGACGUCCUGCUGAGGCAGCUGCAGAAGUACCGGCACGUCGGGGUCCAGUCCUUCAUCAGAAAGAUGAGGAGGAGCCGCCCGCUGAUGGUGCAGACUGAGGGCCAGUACAUCUUUCUGUACCAAACGCUCCUGAGGUUUCAGCAGCGGUCCCAGGCCGCUGAGGACACUUCCAGAGCCCAGGAAGAAAUCCUCUAUGAGAAUGUGGGGGCCAUCCAGGCCUAUGAGCAGGAGAUGAGGGUGAUAUAAGAGCCCUGCUUCCUGGGGUUCAGGGUUUGGGGUGCUCUCUCCCGGGGGCCCCGGGCCCCGGGAGCCAAAGACUCGGGAGCCGGACCUGCGAGUACCCGGGUUCUUGGUGGGGAGAGGCAGGGUGCCCAGCUGCCUGGUGGGGAGGGGCGGGGCACCCAGCUGUCUGGGUCUCUAGGUGCCAUCCAAUCAUGUGAUGUGGCCAUGGGGAAAUGUCUGAGGGGCUGAGCCCUGCCCUCCCCGGGGAUGAGGAAGGCCCCGGAAUUCCUACUGCAGCCCCCCCACCCCAUACAGCCUAUGUUAUGUCUUAAUUUAUUAAAUCAGUCCUCCUACCUCUGAGUCGGUGUUUGAACGCAGCGUGCAGCGGUGCCCUCUGGUCAGGACGCAGUGAUGUCUUCUUGGGGACUGAGGUGGGAGCUGUGCUGGCUGUGGUGCGACUUCCCUGCCUUCAGAACCAAGGACAGCACCAAGCUCCGGGAGGCGCGCCUAGGGCCAGACCCCACUUGCCACCAGCAUCCUAGAGGCCGAGGCUUCGGAACCAGGUCCAGACGGAGGCAGCCACCCAGCAAGGGUCUGUUUCUCCAGCUGAGACUGAGCACAGAUGCUGCGUCUCCCUGAUCUCAGGGAAGUCACAGUCUGCAGAUCAAGCCUUAGGGAGCUGGGGAGGCAGAGAAAGAGGGAGCCCAAGCUGUCUUAGAGAGCCUGAGAGAUGGCUCAGGGCAAAGGAUGCCUCUUAGCUCGAUGAUCUGGGUCCUUAGAGGGGGCUCCUCAGAAUGGAUUGAGGGGCGGCUGAGCCCCUGAGAUCUCUGAGCUGAGGAGAGGUAAACUUGGACCAUGGGGGUGGGCUGGCCCUGGAAAAGGGGAAGCCCUCACCCUUGAUCUCCCCAGCACCCGCAAGUGUUCUGCCUGCAUGGCCCAUGAUCCGACAGCCUUUCCUACUUUUGCUUCCAUCCCUGUGCUUGAUGGGGUUAGACCCCUUCAGUCGGCGCUCCCUUUCACCCUCCAUUUCCAUGUUAGCCCUUUCCCAGCAGCCUUCAGUAUAACAAGGUCUCCACAACUCUUGAAAGACAUUUUCACUUGGCCCCUUUAAAGCCAUCUCUCAUCCUAUAGCUCUCCUUUCUUUUAUAGUCAACUUCCCCCCAAACUGUCUGCAUCCAGGCCCUUCUCUUGUUCUCCCACUCGUUUCCCCAUCCCUUGGAAUGGCUGUAGACCUCACCAGCUACAGCUGCUCUCUCCUAGAUCACCUACUGUCACUUAAAGAUUAAAUCAAGUGACCUUUUGAUGCGGCAUUUAAUGCAAAUGACCCAUCCCUCCUCCCUCCUCCCCUUUCUUCAUCUUCAGAUAAACUGCCUCCCUUGCUGUCUCUUGGGUCUCCAUGUGUGCCCAUCUCUUUGCUGGGGCUCUGCCCCCCUCACUGCGGACGUGCCUCCAGGCUCUCUCUUCCACUCCCUUUUCUCCAGAUUCUCUCUCUCAGGGCCCUCCUCGGCUUCCUAUGUUUUCAUCUGCCCGCAGACGAGUGCCAGAUCCAAACGCCCACUUCUCCUCCCUCAGCUGUGCAUUCCCAGUUGCCCGCUGGCUCAUAAGCGCUUCCAAGUCAACACGCCCCAAACAAAACUCAUAGCCAGGCCGGGAGUCACGGCUCUCUCCUCCUGCCGCUCUGUUGAGGACGCCCCUAUCCCGGGUCACCCCUCUUCCCAAUCUCGGCCCCGGAUGCCCCGCUCUCCCCUCCUCUCCAGCUGCCAGCGCUUGGCAUUUUCCUCCUCCACUUUCCACUCGUGUGCCUGCCAGCCUAUCUCAGGUCUGCCACAGGCUCCUCAUCGGAUGGUCACUGUGCACUUUCUUCCUGCGCCAAUCCCUCUCUACCCCACUGCCCCCAACUCACAGUUCUGCUCUGUCAGGCCCUGUCCCAAGUCCUGGAAAUGCGAGGAAAGGUGACAGAGCGUUCCUGUUCUCGAGAAGCU